ACUAGAGCUUCUGAUACUAGACGCUUAGAUUUCAGCUAUAAAUCUAGUGGGACUUGUGGCUAAGUCUAAUUUCUCAUAAAAAUUAGAAAAUUAGUAAUCAGAUAUAGCCUUUGAUAUUAGCUCAAAAGUCUAAUGCAGUUUAGACUUUUGUCUAGACUUUUACUUUGUUUAUACACCAUUGAUUUUUUUCAAGAUCAUUUUGCUGUUGUUUAUUUCCAUCUUUCAUUACAACGUAUAAUCGAAAUGAGCUUGAUUAUUUUUCCCAUAAAACAGCGGAGACUAUUCGUGAAAGGGACAAUGUGUGGAGUCUAUCAAGGGAUUCCAUAAAAUGGGACCAUGGAUUCAUUGGUUUUAUCUAGGAUCGCAAGCUUUUUGCUGCACAAGUUGCCUCAAGUUGGUGGUCGAGUAAAUAUCCUAAAAAAGUACUUAUCCUUGGAUAAGGCGGUUUAUCGAGCUGCAUUAAAUUAUGGAAUUGAAUUGAACAACCGUGGUAUUUUUAAACAAUAUUCAAUAACUGUGAUGGGAACACCGAUUCAAUCUAUCAUUAACUCAGAGGAUCGAAAGCUUUUCGCUGACCAAGUUGCCUCCAUUGGUGGUCGAGUUGCCCCAUCAGGAGCUGUAUAUUCAGUUGAAGAAGCUAUUAUCACUGCCAAACGAUUGGGUUACCCAAUUCUUAUUCGUGCUGCAUAUGCACUUGGUGGCCUUGGAUCAGGUUUUGCUCAUGAUGAAACAGAGCUUCGAAAGAUUGUUUCAAAAGCUUUACUUCACUCAAAUCAAGUUUUACUCGAUAAAAGUUUGAAAGGAUGGAAAGAAAUUGAAUAUGAGAUCAUUCGAGAUUCUUAUGACAACUGUAUAGCAAUCUGUAAUAUGGAGAAUCUUGACCCUUUAGGAAUCCACACAGGGGAAUCAAUUGUUGUAGCUCCAAGUCAAACUUUAACUGAUUCAGAAUAUUAUCUUCUUCGAUCAAUGUCUAUAAAAAUUGUCCGUCACCUUGGUGUUAUUGGAGAGUGUAAUGUGCAAUUUGCUUUAAACCCUAAAAGUGAAGAGUUUUAUAUUAUUGAAGUAAAUCCAAGACUUUCAAGGUCAUCAGCUUUAGCAAGUAAAGCUACCGGCUAUCCGUUGGCUUAUGUAGCAGCAAAAUUAUCUCUUGGAAUCUGUCUUUCAGACUUGAAAAACUCGGUAACCGGAUCAACGACUGCCUGUUUUGAGCCCAGUCUAGACUACUGCGUUGUUAAAAUACCACGUUGGGAUCUACCAGUAGGUAAAUCAACAUCUCAGUAAUUUUCUCCUAGCAAUUGCAUUAAGCGAUAACUCUUCAAGAAAGUUAUCAUUUGAUCAGAG